UUUUUUUUUUGCGCGGUUGCACCCGGAGUGCUAUAAAUGACGGACACUUCCGGCGUCUCUUCCGGCUCGCCCCAUGUCGCGACCGCGGGGCGCGGAGGCCGCACCGGAGGCGGCGCCGGUACCGGGGCCCGGUCCGGGCUCGCCGCGGCCGCUGUUCGGCGGCUGCUGGAGCUGCCGCCUGCUGAGCGGCGCGGGGCUGCUCAUGGCCGCCGUCUGGGUGUACCAGGGGCCGCGGAACGCCAUGAAAAAGGGGAUCGCGCCCUCCAUGGGCGCCAUCGCCCAGAUGACCUUCGCCGCCGGUCUGGCCAGCUGGGCCAUCGUCAUCCUCGCCGACCCCGUGGGACGCUGGCAGCGCCGCGAGCCCUGAGGGGACCCCAAAAACGGCACCGGGACCCAAAAACUGCUCUGAGGACCCCAAAAACAACGAAGGGACCUCAAAAAAGGCACCGGGAACCCCAAACUGGUCUGGGGACCCCAAAAACACCCGGGGGGGCUCCAAAGCUGCUCUGGAGACCCCAAAAACCCCGGGGGCGUCCAAUAAAUCACCAGGACCCCCAAAGCUGCUCUGGGGAGGGGGGCG